GUCAUGGAUCGAGUAGACCCACGCUUGUUAAUGAGGUGAAAGCUUUGCGAGUUGUUGCUGCUACCAAUGAAAUGGCGGAAGGAAACGCGUGUCGCGCCGCGAUGGUGAAGUGCGAGGCUUUCCCUCGAACUUCUUUAUUACGGAGUUUGUUUGAGCAGCGACGCACAUCUCUUAACUACCUCCACCCUCCCUUUGAUGUGCAGUCUGGAAGAUCUCAAGUCUCAUUUCGAGACUCUGUCCGAGGUCUUCACGUGGCUCAUCAACAUCAAGGUAGGCGAAGCACUAAAGUGGCUGCACCAAGUGUGUAAACCCGGCAUCGCACACGGUGACAUACACUUAGGCACCAUUCUCAUACGCUACCCAUCCCUUGACCUAGACGAAGAACUUCAGCUGCCACAAGUGAAAUUGAUCGACCUCGGCACUUCAAAGACCCAAAACGCCGAGCCAGGCUACGAAUACACCAUCCUCUACAACCAAACUAUACGCAAAGAUCAAACCACAUUUCUAUUCGUCCUCUCUACACUGUCAGAUGGCACCACAAGUAGAAAUCAGUGAAUUCCGCACCUUUGUAAAGCAGGCGCUGGAGAAGAGUUCCUGGGACCAUGAGGAGAGUUUGGACGAGCUGGGGAGGAGGUUUGGAGAUGUUGCUGGACGGGAGCUGGGGGCUGUUAGGGAGGAGGAGUGUAUGGAGAUUUGGGGGGUUGUGAUGGUUGUUACAGAGAAGCAACG